CCCCCCGCCCGGCGCGCCUCCGCUUGAGCUCACGCCGAGCGGCGGGAGCCGCCGCGCGCUGAGUGAGAGGCGCUGCCGGCGGCCGGAGUCCGAGCGAGCGAGCGAGAGCGAGUGAGUGAGCGAGCGCGGCGGGGAGAUGUGCCCGGAGGAAGGCGGCGCGGCCGGGCUGGGCGAGCUCCGCUCCUGGUGGGAAGUCCCGGCCAUCGCGCACUUCUGCUCGCUCUUUCGCACGGCGUUCCGCCUGCCCGACUUCGAGAUCGAGGAGUUAGAGGCAGCUCUUCACAGAGAUGACUUGGUAUUUAUCAGUGAUCUGAUUGCCUGCCUGCUUCAAGGCUGCUAUCAGCGAAGAGAUAUCACGCCUCAGACAUUCCACAGCUACUUGGAAGAUAUCAUUAAUUACCGUUGGGAGCUUGAAGAAGGAAAGCCCAAUCCUCUGAGAGAAGCCAGUUUCCAAGACCUUCCUCUGCGUACUCGAGUAGAGAUCCUGCAUCGCCUCUGUGAUUACCGGCUUGAUGCAGAUGAUGUCUUUGAUCUUCUCAAGGGUCUGGAUGCAGACAGUCUCAGAGUUGAACCUCUGGGUGAAGACAAUUCAGGUGCACUCUACUGGUACUUCUAUGGGACACGAAUGUACAAAGAAGACCCAGUACAAGGAAGGUCCAAUGGAGAACUCUCCCUGAGCAGGGAAAGUGAAAGGCAAAAAAAUGUCUCAAAUGUUCCUGGAAAAACAGGCAAAAGAAGAGGAAGGCCUCCAAAACGAAAAAAACUACAGGAGGAGAUUAUCUCCAGUGAAAAACAGGAAGAAAACUCCUUGACAUCUGACCUACAGACAAGAAAUGGAUCCCGAGGGCCAGGCCAAGGUACUUGGUGGAUCCUGUGUCUAACAGAAGAAUGGAGACAGGUUACUGAGAGCUUCCUGGAGCCGACCUCUCUCCAAGAGCAGCAACUCUACAAGCUCCUUAGCGAGGACUUCCUGCCUGAAAUCUGCAACAUGAUUGCCCAGAAGGGAAAACGUCCACAGCGCACAAAGCCAGAGUUGCAACAUAGGUUUAUGUCUGACCACCUGUCCAUCAAAUCCAUCAAGCUAGAGGAAACUCCCAUGCUCACCAAGAUAGAAAAACAGAAGCGCAGGGAGGAGGAGGAGGAACGACAGCUCCUUCUUGCAGUGCAGAAGAAGGAGCAAGAGCAGAUGUUAAAGGAGGAGAGAAAGCGGGAAAUGGAGGAAAAGGUCAAGGCAGUGGAAGAUCGAGCUAAGAGGAGAAAGCUCAGGGAAGAACGAGCAUGGCUAUUGGCUCAAGGCAAGGAGCUACCCCCAGAACUUUCCCAUUUGGACCUGAAUUCUCCUAUGAGGGAAGGGAAGAAGACCAAGGACCUCUUUGAAUUGGAUGACGAUUUCACAGCCAUGUAUAAAGUUCUAGAUGUGGUGAAGGCUCACAAGGAUUCCUGGCCCUUCUUGGAACCUGUGGAUGAAUCUUAUGCCCCCAACUAUUACCAGAUUAUUAAGCUCUGUGGUGGUACAGUGCUUGUUUAUGUCUUGGUGGCCAACCAGAACUUUGGGCUGGAAAUGGCUUGCAAGUAUACCAAGAUGUCUGACAAUUUAGAGCNGUGUUUCCAUCGGGCCAUGACAAAACAUUUUCCUGGUGAAGAUGGAGACACAGAUGAAGAAUUUUGGAUUAAAGAGGAUGAAAAACGGGAAAAAAGAAGGAGUCGGUCUGGUAGAAGUAGUGGAAGCCAUGUUUGGACGCGCUCCAGAGACACAGAAGGGUCCAGCAGGAAACAGCCACCAGUGGAGAAUGGGGGAAAAUCAUUGCCCCCUGCACGCCGAGCUGCCUCCUCAGGGGACGAUCAGAGCAGCGCUUCUAUACAACUCCCUCCAGAGGUGGGCACAUCAAAUGGCCAAGGCUUUUCUCGCCCCCUGCACGGUGGUAGGGUGCCUAGCCACGCACCCCCUUUAAGCCAGAUGAGGCCAGCAGCACCAGGAACAUUUGGCUGUCUUCAAGGAUCAGAUUCCACCAACUUACAUGGCUCCUCUCGAAUCCCAGAGGUGCCCCCAGGAGAGCCCUUGCAACACCCACCCUUUGCUAUACAGGCUCCAGUUGGAAUUAGUAACCAUCGGGGAUCCCUGCUCAGUGCUCCAGACCUUUCCAAUAUGGGGUCACAUGUCCCAUCCUUACAGCUUGGGCAGAUGAAUUGUCCCAGUCAAGAUGGAAACAUGUAUCCACCAGCUCCAUUCCAGGCAGGAUUUAUUCCUUCUAGGCAUGGUGGGACUCCAGCCCGACCCCCAGACUUUCCUGAAAGCUCUGAAAUUCCUCCUGGUCAUAUUUAUCAUUCAUACAAGUAUCUAAAUCGAGNACACCCUGCUGUUUGGAAUGGGAACCAUGGUACUACAAACCCUGGACGUUUGGGGCCAGAUGAGAAGCCCCACCUGGGGCCAGGACCCUCUCACCACCCUCAUACCCUUGGUCAUGUGAUGGAUGGCCGGGUGAUGAGACAACCUAUCCCACCAAACCAGUGGACUAAACAGUCAAGCUUUCUACCUCAUGGAGUUCCUUCCUCGGGGUAUAUGCAGCCACCCUGUAAGUCUGCUGGACAUCGUUUGCAGCCACCUCCAACUCCAGCACCAAGUCCUCGAUUCAGAGGCCCCUCCCAGGCCCUCCGGGGGUCACAAGGAGGGGAAUCCAUGAUGGACAGCCCUGAAAUGAUUGCCAUGCAGCAGCUCUCCUCCCGAGUCUGUCCCCCAGGUGUGCCUUACCACCCCCGCCAGCCCACUCCUCCCCAGUUACCUGGUCCCUUUCCGCAGGUAGCUCAUUCAGCAUCAGUAUGUGUGUCAGCGCCCAAGCCUGCAUUGGACAACCCUGGUAGUACACAGGAGAUGACUGAAACACAAGAGCCUGAGGAAGACCCAGCAGAGCCUUUGCCUGGACAUGAAGAGAAAGCAGCAAGCAUUUGUUCUUCAGAGGGGGUAUACCUCAAACAGCUACCUCACCCAGCACCUCCCUUGCAAGCCAGCUGUACCAGGCAAAGCUCACCACAAGAAAGGGAAACAGAGGACUCCCAACUCAAAAGUGAUGCUUCAGACUCUGCAGACACUUAUAAGACAUCAAAGAACAAGAACACCUGGCCUUUGGANAAUAGCUACAGCAGCCCAGCUGUGCAGGGCUGUUUGAGAGACCUCUCCAUAGUGGCAGAGACGGGGAAUCUGCCUGAAAAUGGGGUCGUUGGUGAAGCAUCUCCCUGUAGGUCAGAGGGGAAGGGCCUUGAUGGUAGUGGUUCAGAAAAGCCACUCUGCCCCAGGGGUAAAACAUUGCAAGAAGCUCAAAAAGCUGUGCCAUGUACAGGACCGAAUGCAACUACACCUCCUUGCACAGAUCCCAGUUUGAUGGUAGGCACUGUGAACCAGUUUUCUCCCUUAUACAUGCCUGGCAUAGAAUACUCUAACUCAGCUACACAGUACCCUGUGAGUCCAAGUUUGCAAAGCUUGGGCUCUAUGAUGGGAGGAAAGUCCUCAGGAUCACAGCCUCAGUCCUUUCCUCCCAGGGGGUUCCAGGCUAAUGGUCCCCACCCUGGACUCUUCCCUCGGUACCGUCCUCAGCAGGGAAUGAGAUAUUCCUACCAGCCUUCUUCUCAGCCUUCCUACCACCCCUAUCAGCGGACUCCUUAUUAUACAUGUCCACAGGGCUUUUCUGAUUGGCAGAGAUCUCUCCCUUCCCAGAGAAGCCCAAGUGGACCCCCAGGGAGUCACCCUCCACGCUCCCUCUUCCCAGAGAAGAAUGUCCUGUCUAGUCUGCAAGGUUGUGAGACACUAAAUUCUGCCUUAACUUCUCCAACUCAAAUGGAUGCAGUGACUGCUAAAGUUGUUCCUCCUGAUGGACCCAAUUCUGGUCCAGAAGAAGAAAAGAUGGAUGAAUCUGUGGAGAGGCCAGAGAGUCCCAAAGAAUUUCUAGAUCUCGACAACCAUGAUGCAGCUCCCAAGUGGCAGAACUCACUGUCAACCAGUGACUAUCUUUAUGGAACGCCACCACCAUCUCUGAGUUCAGGAAUGACUUUUGGUUCAUCUGCUUUCCCACCCCACAGUGUGAUGCUGCAGACAGGGUCUCCAUACACUCCUCAGCGAUCAGCCAGUCAUUUUCAGCCCAGGGCAUACCCAUCCCCUGUGCCUGCCCAUCCACCUCCCCAUUCAGUAGCCACCCAACCCAAUGGCCUCUCUCCAGAGGGUUCCCUCUACUGCUGUCAGGAAGAGGGCCUAGGUCACUUUCAGGCUUCGAUGAUGGAGCAGACGGGCACUGGAAGUGGAUUAAGAGGCUCAUUUCAAGAAGUACACAGACCACCAGGUUUGCAAAUGCAUCCAGUCCAGUCACAGUCCUUAUUCCCAAAGACCCCGGCACCUGCAGCAUCACCAGAACAGUUGCCGCCGCAUAAGACCCCAACACUUCCUCUGGAUCAGAGCUAGUCCAGGGAGGAACUAAGCUCCAAGGAAGUGGACGGCUGCAUGUGGAGACCCGAAGGCAGGCCUGGCGGACUUGGAGAAAUGACUGUUGUACAUCUCUGUCCUGUCGUCCUGUUCCACUUCUUCACUGUGAAUCAAGCCUUCCUCAGAGCUGAACAGCAUAGGCCUUAGGUGCACGCUCUUUAGAUGACUGGCUGGCCUGUAGCUGGGAUCAUCUGCACAGCUGACAAACUUAGCCAGAGCAAUGUACCUGGAGUUCUUGCUGACUUCUCCAAAUCCCAAGACUCUUGUUCAGGGAAAAAUCACUUUAAACUUGGGUGGAGGGUACAUGUAAGGCUGGAGUGGUGCUUUUAAACUUUCAUGAGCAGCUAAUCUCAGGUAUAUAAUUGGGGAAGGGACUACUUGUAGUAUUAAUGUUUUUGGAGCUGGGUCCAGUUUACAGAAGUUUCAUGUUGCCUUUUUUUUAUUUUUUUUUUUUUUUUUGUGGUGAAUGUAUUGUGUAUAUAGUGGGACUGUCAGGUGGGCACAUGGAGGAGUUGGGAGUCCUUCCCCGAUAUGGCCAGCAUAUUGUACUGGAAGAGUCUCUGUCUUUGUACAGUCAGGUCACACUGAAUGCCCGAGGAACUUGGAGAAGAGACCCAGAAGACUGCAGCUUAUAUAUGUCACUAACUUGUUUCCUCUCCAGCCGACCUCCGAGACAACAUGUCCUCCUCAGCAUUCAUUUCACAGUUGAUUGGACGGUGCUGUCAUGGGGCUUUACUGGGUGUUGCAGCCAUAGGACAGGCUGCUCUCACUCUGGUGGCCUAAGUUCUGGACUUGGGAAAGCAUGUCCCUUCCUGCUUUUCCACCAGCUCUACCAGAUAGUUGUAAGCCAGGAAUUUGGACUCUAGAGUGUUUUACUUANUAGAAGAUAAAGUGGCUUCUCCAUGGGCCUGUCAGGCCUGUGAUCUAGAAGGCAUCAUACAAUGCUUUCUAGCACAAAUCACAUUUUGUGAAAGUGACUACUCAGGUUUGUUAUGUAUGUUAGUCUCAAUAAAGAAAUUGCACAGGUUUGAAUAAGGAAAGUAUAUCCUAUAGAUUUAAAUUUGAAAUUAGGACUAUUUCAGUAUGUGUAGUUUUUAUCCAGCUUGAGUGAAUCAUAGUAGACUCAGUCAUGUUGAUUUAAAGUAGCUGUCAAGGGCUAGUUCUUGGGGAUUAUUUGUUAUGUCUGUGAUAGGAAACAAUUUUACAGUAUUAAAUUACGUUACUAUGGAUUUAGAAGUGAAUUACACUGGAUUCUCCCUGUUUAGCCUUCUGUAUUUUAUUUUAGCUGAGAUGUCACCAAAGUUAGGAUCUAUGUUUAAAUUUUUGAAUAUCCCAUACAGAAUAAACCAAGGGAAAUACCCUGGAGUUGCAAGUCUUUGUAAAGGAAUAUGAUUUUUAAGUAUGCUUUGGGGUAAUAGAUUUCCAUUAAAAUACUAAUCUGCUCUAGUAUCUUAGAGUAUAGGUGUGGGGAGGGGUCAAUGGAGUUUUCCCUCCAGUUCCAGUGUCCUCAGGAAAUGCAGACUAGUCUAUAAGGAUUGCAGGGAAAACAAUUGGACACAUCCAGGCUGUAGAGCUAGCUGGGCCCUAGGACACCUGCUCUCUUGAUAGAAGUGGCUGCUUACUAACCUGCUGGNGNUGCUGAGGACCCAGAGAGUGUCUGUAUGGCACACACACCGAGAGUUUUCUUUCCUGUUUAAUUUGUGUUUGCAAGUCAGUUGAAUCAGAAGCCAGACAUCUGCAAUCCAAUUUAGAAGAACAGCGAAGUCAGAAUUGUGCUGUUGAGCUGUAUAACUUAACCUAAUCAACUGCUGCAAGUUGUGUGUCCACCACUAACAGUGGGGGCCUGUAAAUCUCACUAGGACUGCUGCAACAAUCAGGCCCCACAGUGUCAAGGUGCUAAAACUAGAGGUUGCUAAGCUGCUUCCACCUCCCAUCUCNCCCCCUUUACCUGUUCCUAAAGAAGUGCUGUGAACAAUACUGUGGAGAGAGGAAAGUUCCUUUAUCCCUUCCUGGUUUAUGGAAGAAAUUAAAUAGGAAAUUGAAGUACUAUAUUAAGUUCUAACACUGUAAGAAGAGUCUGUUGUGUCCUGUGUGUGAAUUUGGUGGUGCCUAGUACUUACAGGACCUAGUACUUCCUCUCCUGGUCUGGCCCCAACUUUUAUUGGUCUUUGAAGUGCUAGGUUUCCUGGAGCAGCCAGAACACAGUGCUGAGCCUCUGUGAUCACACCCCUCACUCUCUCAAUGCAGACAAGAUCAUACAUAGGUUUUUACCUUUCUGCUUCCAGCACUUCUCAUCCAGGGAUCUUACACAGAUGGCAAUAUUUUAAAAGCAGAUGCAAAUAAUUCUGUUUGCAGCCUUCUUCAGUAGGGAAAUGGUGGUUUUGGAAGGUGGAAUACUUAGGAAGCAGUAUAUAAGAGUAUCUUAAAAGAUUCACUCUUAGGCUAAGACCUGCACCUAUUGGUCACUGUGACCUUGCUAGUAUGCUGACUCUCAGUGAUCCCCAGGAGGACAUAGCUGUGCAUAAUUGGAAGCACUCAUUGAUUUAGUGUUAGACUUAGCUUUAUCAGAUUUAGUCAUAACUUAGAACCCUUAGGGCUUAAAAGAAAUAAAAGAUUCAGAAAGCACAAGUGGAGCCUUUUAGAAGGCUUAUGAGUGCGUGUAUCUUUGUCCCCCAACCCCAGCCCUACUGUGAAAUAGUUUUCUUUAAAGGGAANAAAAAUAGCAAGAGCUGUUAGCUAAAAUUCCUCCCCUUAGAAGAAUGUGAAUAGGAUAGACUAUGCAGGGCUCUUGUUCAUGUAACUUUCCGUCCAAUCUCUUAAAAAUAAAUGUACAGCUACUCUUGCUUUCUGAGCCAGAUUGGUUUUGGGUCACCUGAUCUGAGCCUGUGAACUUCUCUUCAGUUCACACUGAGCCUAGCUAGGGCCUAGGCCAUGACAUGCUCUCAAAGGCUAAAUCUCAUACUAGUCCAUAUAUUAAACUAUAUGGAAAACUUUAAGACCUGUGAUCUCCUCCCUCAGCUCAAAUUUCAACUUUAAAUGUCAAUUACUCUAGUCUGUCUCUUGACUGGCCAUGGUGUUAUUGUCCAAUGACAUUUGUUUGCUGUAUGGUUGUUCUCUAUGUUAACUUCUACUGACAUUAAAAGGUGUGCAUGUUCAAUGUAGUCUUAAACACACAAAUGUCCCAAUGUAGUUUUCAACUAUGUUUGCCACCAACAUGACUUCAAGUCAUACCACUUGGUCAGACUUUUUUUUUUUAAUGAAUGUUCAAAUCUAUAAAUAACAACCUGUUCUUAAGACCUAAUCAGAGGUGGGGGAGGGGCUAAAGAUGUAGUUCUAUGCACUGGCCUAGCAUGUGCAGGUUCAGAUAAUAAAGCAGGUCUGGUGGAAUGGAGCUGUAAUCCCAGCUCCGAGGCUGGGGCUGGAGGACCAUAAGUUCAGCCUUGCCUGAGCAACUUAGUUAGAUGGCGACUCCACAGUGAAAAGAGGGGUGGNGUGGUGCUCAGUGGUAGAGUACUUGUGCAGCAUACUUGAGGUCCUAGCUUCAAUCCUCAGUUACCCCAACACUCCAUAAUUUGAAAUUCCCCAGGAAGGCUUAAUCCAGAGUCAAGGUCAGGUGUCAAAAUCCUCAGGUGUUUCAGAUGACCUCAUUUGAUCUUCUAGCAUUCUUUACUGUUCCCUCCUUGGCCUCCUUCCUUACAUAACACCCUGAUGUGACGUUCCCUUCACAAGAGUGUAUCAAUGAGUGUUCAGUCUGGAGGGUUUCUGGAAUGUGGGCAGCUCUUGUCAACAGCUAUAGCAAAGACACUUGGCAUUUGGGUGGAACAUGCAGAAACGUUGCCCCUUCCCCCAUGAAUUUACAGCACUGCUUUAGUUCAAAUGUGAGCCCAGCAUGGUGGCACAGGCCUUUAAUUCCAGCAGGCAGAGGCAGAAAGAUCUCUGAGUUCAAAGUCUGCUUGGUCAGGCCAAAGCUUAAGUAGUGANACCCCCAUUAAAAUAGCAAACAAACCCCAAGAAUGAAUAUGACAAAUGUGAUUGAUACUCGCUGGUGCAAGGCUGAUUACCUUUUCUGUGUGAGCACACUGAACUCCUUAGAGCCUUAGGACCUGGCUUAGACCUUCCUUUUGAGUAGAUGGGUUGCGUGCCCAAUCACAGUAGGCCAACACAAGCUUAGCCUUGGUGCUAAGAUCUGUCAGUCUUGGGUUAAAACACAUUCUCUAGGUGAGGUGGGACAACAAGCUUUCUACUAGCUUGGCUUAAGUUAGCUGCUCUCACUCCAUCCUCCCCCUUGGGGUUCAGUGGGGACAGCUGUNUGGAUAUUGAAUAAUUUAUUGAAAUGCUGCCUCCCUCCCUCCACCCCAUUCUGUAGCCUCUGUGGCCCCUUCAUUUCUUUAGGCAGGGGAUAUUUCUCUCAUUUGACUCAUGUGCCCUAGCCCCACAUUGCCAGUCUGCAUACAGUAUAUUGGACAUUGCUACAGAAGUGAAUGCCCUAUGAACUGUCCUGGCCAGGGGGGGGGAUGGUAUUUAUUUUUAUAUUGUAUAUAUUUUGUCAUGGUCUGCUGGUUCCCUGCUGUUUCACUGAGAGCGACAAUUACCUCAAUAGUUAGUUUGAUGCUGUGUGUUGAAUAAUUUUUUGAAAGAACUUUUUAAAAAGCUUUUUUGAUCUUUGGAGAUCUGUAGAUUUAUUUCCAUAUGAACUCGUUAUUUUGUAUAAAGUACAUUGUUAAAUUA